AAUCCUCUCCGUCCUCCCUACACCACCUGUGCAUCAGGAAAGAGAAGAACAGUACAAAAUCAAAAUCACAACAAUAAAAUCUCUCUUAUUCUCCGCUCCUAAACAUAGUUUCCGAAUUUGCUAUAUUUAGCCUCAUUCUCUCCCAUCUCUCCUCUCCAAUACAAACACGAACACGAACACACAUUUGUGUCGCGCAAUUUGAUCUCGACGCAAUGAAGCUGAAGAACCCCUCCAAUUCCCCCUCGCAAACCCUCACCUCCUCCGACACGCGCCUGCUCGUGCGCGAGACGCUCCGCAUCAGCGCCAACCUCGCCUCGGCGCCUCCGCCCUCGCCCUCACCGGCCGCCGUGGCGCCCCACGACCGCCCGCUGCUCCAGGAUUCCAGCUUCGGUGGCCUAGUCGACGAUCAGUUUCUCAAUUCCAGCCUGAGGUUGAUCUGCUGCGAGGAGAUUGAUGGCAGACGCUGGCAAUACUUCGCAGAUGACAACACCGGCCCUAGGAAUGUUGCUACCAAAAAAUUGAAGAAGAAUUCCAUUCGUGCUGUCUGCUUGCAGACGCCGUUAUCCCCUGCUGAUGAGUUGUUAACAUUCAUAAGAUCUUACGUUGUUCCUGAAGGUUUUCCAGACAGUGUCAUGCCUUCCUAUGUGCCUUACAUGACUUGGAGAGCGAUAAAGCACAUCUUUGGUGGUGCCAUGGGUGUUUUCACCACACAAACCCUCCUAAGUUCACUUGGAGUCUCCAGAAAUCGAUCUGCACCAGGUGCUGUAGCUAUCAAUUGGAUUCUCAAGGAUGGUGCUGGGCGGGUCGGGAAGAUGCUCUUUGCUCGACAAGGGAAGAAGUUUGACUAUGACUUAAAGCAGCUUAGGUAUGCUGGUGAUCUCCUUAUGGAGUUGGGAGCUGGAGUAGAGUUGGCAACUGCAGCUGUCCCCCACUUGUUUCUUCCAUUAGCAUGUGCUGCCAAUGUGGCUAAGAAUGUCGCUGCUGUGACAUCAACUUCGACCCGAACGCCAAUAUACAAAGCCUUUGCCAAAGGAGAAAAUAUAGGAGAUGUCACUGCGAAGGGAGAAUGUGUUGGAAAUAUAGCCGAUCUGCUUGGAACUGGACUCGGAAUAAUGAUUUCUAAAAGAAACCCAUCCUUGUUCAUUUCAUUUGGCUUACUCUCCUGCGGAUAUAUCCUGAGCUCUUAUAAAGAGGUGAAAUCUGUAGUGUUGCAUACACUAAAUCGUGCACGAUUCACUGUGGCAGCAGAAUCCUUUCUUAAGACAGGGCGCGUUCCAAGUUUGCAAGAGGGAAAUUUGAUGGAGAACAUUUUCAUUCCCCCAUGGAAACAACAUAGACCUAUUGUUCUUGGACCGAGGUUUAAAGAUGCAUUCCAAGACCCUGUUUCAUAUAUUGCGUUGGAGCCCAUUUUUGAGAAAGAACGGUACAUAGUGACUUAUAAUCCUUCAAAGGGCAAUAUCUAUGCCUUGUUCAAGGAUCAAGCAAAAUCUGAUGAUAUUCUGAAAGCAGCUUUUCAUGCUCAUGUGCUGCUUCACAUAGUUCAAUCGUCCAAUCAGAGCCAGCAAUCCUUGAGAAAACAAGAUGAUGAUCUUUCACCUGUAUCACCUUCAAUUGGUGAUCUACAAUCUCAUAUUGCAGAAUCAUACAAGCUGGUGUCAGCUCUAUAUGGGCCUUUUAAAACCAAAGUCAAAGAACAGGGAUGGGUCAUGUCUGAAUCACUACUACAUCCUGGCAGAGCACGGCUGUGUGAAUUGGCAAUUUAAGGAUAAUGUGGGAACCUGUAAAAUCUCUAAGAAGGAUCCACAAAGGGAUCCAGUCAAUUUCUUGCUUAAAUCGCGCUGAAUAUGCUCGGAUCUUUUUGGUAUGACCAAGGUAGAGGUAGUGAGUGCUGUUGCCGAAUCAGUGAUACUCAAUUUGAUGUAAACACAAUCAGUUCUAUGCAAUAUUCUUGAAAAAAAGUUACUAGUGGUGGCGGAUGUGUAAAUUUGUCUAGAGCCAUGAAGCUAUUGUGAUAUGCUGAAGCUGGAGGAGAGUGGGUUGAGCUAAUUAUAUAGGUGCGCAUUUUGUAUUUGUCAAUAUAUUUUGCUUUAUCACAUGACUUCUCGUAUGAUUCAUGCGAUUACUCCUAUAGUGAUAUGUAUAUUUGGUUUUGUGGAUU